AUGCCAUGCAAGUUUGCUGCAGGCUUGAUUGGGAGCGGGCGUUUUCGGUUCUGGCAGCCCAGAUGCGUCAAGGUGUGCCCACGAUGCAUUUUCACACGAGGACGAGAUAUUGUAAGGAGACGCGAUGGUGGUGCGAUGGUAGUGGUGGUUGUGAUGAUGACGAUGGUGACGAUGAUGACGGACAAUGGGAGCGAUAAAGCAGCAGCAGGGGCGGCUGAUACAGCGGGAAACCGAAAACAGAGCGGAAUGGGAGCGGAGAAUGCCAGGAUACGGUUCCGUACAAGUCGAUUGAUGGCUACUGAGUGA